GAAUUAAAAAUAAAAAGAGUCAAAGAUGCCACCAAAAAUCAAUUAACAGUUCUCCAGAGAGGAGCCUCAUCACAGUUCUGAAAAUCCAUCUUUGUCAAGUAUCUCAGAAUGCGUUUGAAAAUCAUUGCCCUGCUUACCUUAAGCACCGUCACUCUCGCCUGUUGUGGUAACAAAGGCGUCACUUCUUGCUGUGGGAAAGGGAAGUGUAACAUUUUCUGUUGCAACUGCAAUGGAGGGUGUGACAAAUCUUGCAAACCCGUCGAACUUCCCAUCUGCUGGGCGUGGGACGGCGGAACCAUAUGCGACAACCCUGAUGGAUCAACAAGCAUGUCAGGAGGAGGUCCCAAAGUCCCCAAGGUCCCACCAAAACCCAACGGCAAGCUUGCCGCUGAAGCCCCGAUUAUUCGAGUCAGUGCAGAUGCUCCAAACGUUGCCUUGUGCGGUGGUGCGAUGGAUGAGAAACCAGUCGACCCGACCAACAAAUCUGAAGCUGGUCCGAAAGUUUCUCGCGUUACACCGGAAGGGGUGAGCGAGGAUGAUAAUGCUAUGCAUCAGGCUGUGGAUGGGCAUGGGAAAGGAUUCUUUACUUUCAACGAGUUUUUGAAGUAUCUUGGAGAGGAGAGGACCCCGGAGCUGGAGGAAUAUUUUGACAAGUAUGUGAACCUUUGGUUAUUGAUCUCAUCAUACGAAUCCACUAACACUUCGAGUUAGAUAUGACGUGAAUGGAGAUGGAGUUAUCACUCCAAAUGAGAUGUGUCUUCAAGAUUAAGCGGGUAACCGGCGUUGAGUUGAGGGGUUGG